AUGAUAGAUAAAACAAAUUCGUGGAACGUACAUGGUCUAGGGGACAAAGAUAAAAGAAUAGUCAUCAAAUCAGUACUUUUGAAAUGGAAUCCUGAUGUGGUAUUACUUCAAGAAACAAAACUCCAAGAUUUUUCUGUUCAGCUCAGAAGAGAGGUUUGGUGCCACCCUGAUGUAGAUUAUUGUUACAUACCUUCUAGGGGAACUAAGGGUGGGAUUAGUAUAUUAUGGAGGAAGGAUAAAAUCGAUCUCAUCGACAAACUGGAAGAAAUUCAUUCUUUAUCUUGUAUGUUCAGGUCGAAGACGUCACAUUUGGAGUUCUACAUAUCAAAUAUAUAUGCCCCAAAUGACAGGAAAGACAGGAGAACACUAUGGAGGGAACUAAGAGAGGUCAUGGGGAUAUGGAGUAUUCCUGGAUUCUUAGGAGGGGAUUGGAAUGUUACAAAAUCAAUUGAAGAUAGAAAUAGAGAUCGAGGAGUUAGUCGGGUUAUGCGAGAUUUCAUAAGUUUCAUCACCAACCAUGAUCUGGUGGACUUGCCCCUUAGUGGUGCUAAGUACACUUGGUCUAACUUUCGAGAAAACCCAUAUUGCAGUAAAAUUGAUAGAUUUCUGCUAAAUUCAUUAUGGGAAGCCAUGUUCCCGUAUACUAUUCAGAGUGCAAAGCCGAGGCCUGUGUCAGAUCAUACUCCAUUAUUGUUGUCGACAACUAUGGUAAAUACAGGUGCAAGACCGUUCAAAUUUGAAAUUAUAUGGUUGGAAAGUGCUAAAUUGAAAGAUAAGAUGCAAGUAUGGUGGAGUAACCUCACUUUUAAUGGGAACCUUGGAUAUGUGUUCCGUAAGAAACUGAUGGCAAUCAAGGAAUACCUUAAAGUUUGGAAUAAAGAGUGCUUUGGAAAGGUAUGCAAGAAUAUGGAUGAGCUACUUGUACAGAUACAAGAGACGGAUAUCGUUGAUGAGGUAGGUGUAGCAACUCUCGAAGAGUGUAUUAAUAGGGUUAAUCUUAAAAAGGACUAUAUCAAAUGGGAAAACAUGGAGCACAAAAGGAUUAAAAACAAGACAAAAGGAUAG